AUGUCUGUACCAAGAUUCCGAAAAAUAAACUUUGGAACAUAUGACAACUACAUUCCAGUCAGCGAAUUAAGCAAAAAAUCAUGGAAUCAACAACACUUUGCCCUGAUAUUUCCGAAACCACCCCGGCCAGGAACGAAAAGGAGAUCUAAACCUUCCCAAUUACAAGAAAAUCUAGCUUGUAACUAUGAUAUGGAAAAAUUAAGGGAAGAUCAAAGACGACCAUUAUGGAUGCAUCGUUCCUUAAUGAGAAUUUCCGAGAGACCCUCUGUUUAUUUAGCUGCCAGGAGGCAGCCCCCAUCCAAACAAACGUAUGCCCCCAAGAAGAUCUGGAAAGAAGCAGAUGCGGAGAAACAUUUACCUCCAGAAAUGGGUAAGAAAGAUAAAGAAGACAAGAAAGUAGGCAAAAAGGAUAAACCAGAGUCCGAAGCAGAAUCCACAACACCAAAAAAGGAUUCAAAGAAGGGCAAGAGCACAGACACAGAAAGUGAAAGUGAAAAAGGAGACAUAAAGAAAGAUGCGAAAAAAGAUACGAAAGAUGUAAAGAAGGGCAAAAGCACGGAUACUGAUACUGGAAGUGAAAAAGGAGGUGUCAAGAAAGAUAGCAAGAAAAGAAAGAAAGAUUCAAAGAAGGGCAAGGGGACAAGUACAGACACUGAAAGUGAUAAAGGGGGUGUAAAGGAAGAUGCCAAGAAAGAGAAGAAGGAUUCAAAGAAGGGCAAGGAUUCCGCUGCACCAUCUGAAACUGGAAAAGGAGAUGCAAAGAAGGAGAAGGAAGGCAAGAAGGAUUUAAAAAAGUCCAGUGAGAAAGAUGAGCAAUCAAAGGACAGUGGCAAGAAAGAGUCUAAAAAGAAGAAAGAUGGUAAAAAAGAGAAGAAAGAUGAAAAGAAGUCCAGUGAGACAGAGAGUGAACCAAAGGUGGAUGCCAAGAAAGGAUCCCAAAAAGAUGCUAAGAAAGAUGCAAAGAAAGACACUGAUGCAGAAUCUCCUGAUUUAAAGAAGGAUGCCAAGAAGGACGCCAAGAAGGAUGCCAAGAAGGACGCCAAGAAGGACGCCAAGAAGGACGCCAAGAAGGAUGCCAAGAAAGAUGCCAAGAAGGACGCCAAGAAGAGUGAUGCUAAGGAUGCAAAGAAAGGCAAGUAG